UAAAUAACAAUUUAUAAUUAUCAUAUACAUUAUUAAUUUUGUUAAUUUUUAUAGGAAUUUUGAAAUGUUUCAGAUAUGGGAGACGGUUUGUUUGGUAACCCCAUCACAAACGCAACUUUAGAAGGAAUGCCUGAUUAUGAAGAUAACAGGAAUAUAGAUCGCAAAGACAGAGCUCGUGUGGCUCUCAACAUGAGAAGUUCAGAGGAAAAGAGUGUGAGAGCUGUCCAGUAUCUGCAGACCAUGAAGGACCAAUGUGAUGGUGAACUUGGGGGAACACUUUGCCUACUCUAUAAUGCCACUGGGGAUCCUAUAAGGUAUGUCACCCACUACGAUUGGGGUAAUGGACAUCCCGGACCAACUCCAUAUCCAAUGGAGAUCGCCAACGGACAAUGGGCUGCCUUUCUGCAUGUUCCAUUAUCGAGGGAUAAACCUUACGCUACUGGGGCCAUUGUGUAUGGUGGAAAGGAUCCAAGAGGGGUUGAUUGUGAUUGGAUGGUGUCAUGGGACAACCCUACUGAUAAAAUAAAUAAUACACCCAAGAUAUACUCGGAGAUCCGUGAAAAAAACCACUUCUUGAAUCCUGAUUAUUGGCCGGCAGUAUAUAAUAAAAUGCAGGUUAGCGGCAUUUGUCAUGACAGUGUUAAAGACGUAGACAAUCAAUAUGGAUGCUCAUUAUCUGUAUCCAUUGGAAGUAACAGAUUCCCCAUACUUGUUGCAGUAUUCACCCUCCAAGAUGUUUGAUUUACUAUUGCAGUUCAGUCUAACUGCAGGCACUACAAUACAACUAUAUAUAUAUAUUUGAAAUAUAUUUUCAAAUAUCAAUAUCCUUAAUGAACUAUGAUGGGCAUGCUAGUUUAUAUGGUUUGAAUAAUGUCAUUAUGAUGUUUAUCAUAUGACAAAUUUAUUAUAGUAUUUUAUCAUAUUAAUGUCUCAUUUGGUCUUAUAUUGUAUUGGUAUUGUUAAAUUAUUUGUGCUGCUACUUUGUGAGUCCAAAAAUAAAUAAAUAAAUAAAAGGGUGGUAAUGUGUUUGGCUUUUAA